UGUGACUUGUGGUUGUGGCCUUUGUGGCUAUUUGAUUGUGUGAGAUAUGACAGGGAUUUGACAGCUAUGUUUUUGUUUUUAUUAACUAAAAUUUAAAAAUUUAAUUUCACAAUGCUGCAAAAUUUGAUUUUUAAAGGUUUUGACGUGAAAAUAACAAGCAGAACAACAAAAUUCCUUCGCAAAAUACCUGUCCACACUCGACCUUGUAAGCACUGUGGUUCCAGGUUAUAUUCUAGUUCUAGUUAUAAAUUUGGAGUGUUACCGAAUAAUUAUGAAAGAACUUUGUGUAGCAAAAAUAACAUUUAUAUUUUAAAAACAAGACAUUAUACAAGUCAAGUGGAUGCUCAGAAAAAAAGCGACCAGAUUGAGACAGUAAAAGAUAAAACUGUUGUUACUACAAAUGUGAAGUUAAAGUCUUCAGAAUUGAAGAGAUUGUUUGGUUUAGCUGCACCAGAAAAAUGGACUCUGACUGGUGCAAUUGGUUUUCUUGUUAUAUCGUCAGGUGUGACAAUGGCAAUACCAUUCUCUCUCGGAAAAGUGUUAGAUAUAAUUUAUAACACAACAAGUGAUUUGGGAGCUGCGCGGGAAAAACUAGAUUCGCUAUGCCUAAUGCUAUGUGGAGUGUUCCUUCUUGGCGGAUUAUGCAAUUUUGGACGAGUAUACUUGAUGUCAAUAUCGGGUCAAAGAAUGACACAGUCGCUUCGUAAGCAAGUUUUUGGCGCUAUAUUACGACAGGAACCACAAUGGUUCGGCAAGAAUUCCACAGGUGAAUUAGUAAAUAGAUUGUCUGCGGAUACUCAGUUGGUAGGACGCAACUUGAGUCAGAAUGUUAGCGAUGGAUUGAGGUCGCUGUUUAUGGUCGGUGCUGGGACGGGUAUGAUGUUCUAUAUGUCGCCAUCAUUAGCCCUGAUAGGACUUUUGGUUGUACCACCAGUGUCAAUGCUGGCUGUAAUAUAUGGACGAUUUGUAAGAAGUAUAACGAGACAGAUGCAGGAUUCUUUAGCUGAAACCAGUGAGUUAGCUGAAGAGAAAAUAUCGAAUAUAAAAACAGUAAAAGCAUUUAGUAAAGAGAAAAAAGAAUGUGAAUCAUAUGCACAAAGGAUUGAAAAUUUGUUGCAAUUAGCCUACAAGGAAUCACUAGCAGUUGGCAGUUUCUAUGGUUUGACAGGUUUAUCUGGUAACACAAUAAUCAUAUUAGUACUUUACUACGGAGGUGGCAUGGUCGCGACGGAAGAAUUAACUGUCGGCAAUCUUACAUCGUUCCUGCUUUAUGCGGCGUAUGUUGGCAUUAGUAUUGGCGGCUUGAGCAGUUUUUAUACAGAAAUGAAUAAGGGUAUCGGUGCUGCUACGAGACUUUGGCAGAUUAUCGAUAGGGAACCUAAAAUACCUGUAUCAGGUGGCCUAAGACCAGCAGAACGGCCUAGAGGCGAGAUUCUUCUAGAAAACAUAAACUUUUCAUAUGGUGGGCAGCCAAUGAUCAAGGGAUUGAACUUACAUCUCUUGCCCGGGAAGUCUGUAGCCUUGGUUGGAAGGUCUGGUUGUGGAAAAAGUACGAUAGCAUCACUAAUUUUGAGGUUAUAUGACCCGGAGCAAGGCAGGAUACUAUUGGAUGGUGUGGAUAUAAGGAAACUCGAUCCUGUAUGGUUGAGGAGCCAUAUAGGUUUUGUUAGUCAGGAGCCGGUUUUGUUCACUGGAUCUAUAAAAGAAAAUAUUCUUUAUGGCCUUGUUGAUGAAGAAUCAGUGGAUGAAGAAAACAAGGAACCAGCCUGGCUCGUAGCGGCCCGAGCAGCACAGCUCCAAGAGCUGGCCAGCCUCAGCAGCGCGGGGUGGGAGCGGCCGGUGGGCGCGGGCGGCUCCGAGCUCAGCGGCGGGCAGAAGCAGCGCGUCGCCAUCGCGCGGGCCAUCGUUAAGAAUCCAAAAAUCCUCAUACUCGACGAAGCUACCUCAGCCCUAGAUGCAUAUUCAGAAUAUUUAGUAGACAAGGCUCUAAAGGAAAUUAGCAGAGAGCGAACGGUUUUGACAAUAGCGCAUAGACUAAGUACGAUACAGUCGGCGGACGAAGUCGCGGUAAUUGGUAAUGGUGUGAUUAUGGAAAAGGGACCUUAUAAAGAAUUGAUUGAGAAACCGAACGGUUAUUUUAGGGAACUUAUCACGCACCAAGCUUUCGCGCAACCGAAAUCAGAAAAGAAUAAAUUGAAUGUGAAAUGAUUGAUCGCGGAUAAUAGAAUUAUGGGGUUUUGAAAGUGAACUAUAGGUGGCAAGAUUCUUAAUUUUUUAUUUUGUGAUUUUUUUCUUAAUUAUAUUUGGAAUGUAUUUUUUAAUUUUGUGGAUGUGGAUGAAAAAUUUGUCUUCCUGAUAUUUAAUCUUGGAUUUGGCUAUAGUUCAUCUUCAAGAUUGUAUUCCAGUUGUAAAGCAUUAUUUGUUAUGAAGCAAUUUGUUUAAUGCCUUUAAAACAUAGCUAUUGCUAAGUUACAAAACAUUAUAAUAUGAAAAGUAUUUUUCUAAAGUCACAAUAAGAUACGAUGCUUUAUUAUUAUAUAACGUAGUUUAAAAUUAAUUGUUGAUGCUUAAUAGUCAAUGAUUCUCUGUUGAUUUUUUAAAGAAAUACCUAUAUUUGUUAUAGAUCGUUCUUAAAAAUAAAAUAUGUUGUAGUAAAUAUAAAUAUUAUAUAAUGUGUAUACAAUUAUCUUGUAAAAAAUGUAAGAAAGAAUUUAUUUGCUUAACAAGUACAAUAUGAUAUUUAUUUCUGUUCCUUAUUCAUGUUAAUUGUCUAAGGAUCACAUCACUGCCAUAUAUUCACAUUUUUGUAUAAAAUAUUUAAUUAAGACCUUUUUUAUUUAUAAACUAGCUUCCGCCCGCGACUCCGUCCGCGCGGAUGUCGGUCUUCGCGUGGAUGGUUAA